AAUUUUUAUUCUUCUUUUUAUUUUGCUGGACUGUUAAAGUCAAGGAGAAAAUUAGAGUGCCCUCAACAUGAGGGUCUGAUCAACAGAGAGACCAGGUUCCCAUCACAGACAUUUCCAGGCCAGUCCUCAUCAGGGCCCAGGGGACACCAGUGACAUCACAAAGCCUGAGUUGUAAUAAAGGUAGCAGCUCCCUGACCAAUGACGGGCUGGGGCACUGGGAUACAACAGGCAGCAGUCAGCACGGGCAGCCACAGAAGCCCAGGCCAAAGGGACAGUCAGCAAGCCCGAUGGCGCACCGCCCAGCAAACAUGUCGGCAAAGAGAAGCCACACCCGCACCCAGUUGCGUAAGAAGCCCGGCCCCUUGCGCUCCGUGCGCAGAGCUGCAGUUCCCAGUGAACCACGUGGACCGCCUGCUGCGUGAGCGCCACGACGUCAUGCACCUGAGCCCAUCCAUGCCAGUGUUUCUGGCCGGCGUCCUCGAGUACUUGACGUCCAACAUCCUGGAGCUGGCGGGCAAGGAGGCCUGCAGCAACCAGCGGAUGUGCAUCACCCCCCAGCAGCUGGAGCGGGCAGUGGAUGGCAACCAGCACCUGCGCCGCCUCUUCGACAAGAACGCCUUCUCUGAGGUCGAUAGCGUGCCCCAGCCCAUGGAGAUGUGAUGCCUGGGUCCUGCAGCCGGGCGAGACCUCAGGGACCACCUACCCCAGUCUUCGACCUGCCAUGCCAGGGGGUGCUCGUCUUCCACCAUCAGCACAUGCUAUUAAAGCGAGUAAAUCCAGUGCCCGCUUCGGAUUCCUCUGUAUCUGCCGCUUGGUUGGGUGACCGUGG